UUCCGGAUGCUGUGGUGUAUUUGUUCCUUUUAAACAUCAUUCUCCAUCAGCCCCUACCAGCAGACAGCUAAAGACUAUCAAGAUGGCCCAAUACUCAUCAAUGUCGAUCGCCAAACGGAAAAAAUGCAUGAGCAAAAAAGUGCACGGGCCAUGGUAUCAAAGGUACAUCAGCACGGUACCGUCCAGCCAGCAGCUGUUCCUCCAGCCGCUGAAGGAGCUGAAGGCCGAGGAAGAAAUGAUGAAAGCCAUGGCCUCGCCCUCCAAACAGGUCGACAGGACGGAGGAGCUUAUCAAGGCGUUGACCCAUGAGAAGAUGAUGAAGAUUGACAUGGUGUUGGCGCUAGCUCUAGGGGACUCUAAGAAAAUGAGAGAAAGAGUUACUCAGAUCAAACCGGCAACCAGCCCUCUCAAGUACGUCACGGAGAAGGAGAAAGAGAAAGCCAAGACGGAGGCCCUGCGCUACACCGACCACAAGGGCAACGCCAUCAGUCUGAUCCGGUACCUGAUGCUGGGGGGCUCCAGGAAGCUGAAAGACGGUUCCAAGUGGGCACUGUUGGCCAAGAACCGGGUGGUCCGGCAGAAGAUCAGGACGUUGAUCAAAGAGAAAUACCACUCUGAGAUCGCUCACAAGUGGAGAAAAGCGAUUCGGCGGGUCCGGGCAGUUUUAAGGUUUUUCCAGAUUAUUGCGCACAUUGCCCGCACCACCGGGGAAGUGUUCAAAAAGUUCAGGAACGAAGAAACUGCCAAGCUGUCCACAGAUGAGACGGGACUUUUCUUUGAUAAAACAUAUUUCAAGGCCAUCAAGAAAGGGCGUGAGUUGAGUAAAGAGACACUGUUUACACUCAGCAAGCCUGAGCACUACCGGACGUGGGAGGAGGCUCACAAGGUCGCAGAAGACCUUCGAUUCGUUCGAUCUUUUUCAAUUCUACCCAAAAGUUACCAGGACAGACUGGCCAUGAUUGCCUGGUAUAUGGAGAUACCUGGUGACAAGGUCAUCAUCCGCGAAGGUCACGUAGCUGACAGCUUUUAUUUCCUCAUCACAGGCAGAGCUGUAGCGGUCAAGCUGAAUGGCUCGCCACUGUUCGAUCACCACGCCAGGUACUCCGUGUUAAAGAUCUUCGAGAAGGAUGACAUGUUUGGUGAAGAAGGCAUCUGCGACCGCAUCAACCGCAACUACUCCGUCACGUCCAUGGAGAAGUGCACCAUCCUGUCCGUCAACAUCGACGACUACUACAGGAUCUUCAACUUCACCAACUCGGAGGACGAGAACCCGGACCACAUUCGUCUGCUCAGCCAGAUGGACUUUAUGAAAUAUUUUCCAAUGGAACAACUCAUCGAGAAUUCAGAAGGCAACGUCAUUGUCUUUUAUUACAGGCGAGGUACCCUCAUCACGAAACAUUCGUCCGCUUCAGAGUUCAUCUAUGUCGUCAAGUCUGGAAUAUGUAGGGUGCUGGCCUCAAUAAAAAAAGCACCGCCGAAAAACAAAUCGCACAAGUGCUUGAAAGUUUUGCUCCCACCAGUUAAAGAAAAGAAAAAACGACAACGCGAUUCUCCAAAAAGGGAUUCUUCCCGAUCAAGGAUUAGGCUGCCUAAGGCUUCUAUUGUAGGAAUAAACAACUACACGCCCAUAAUCAGUAUCAGCGCCAGUCCCAAUGAAGACGAACCCAUCGUCAUCUACAGUCCCGAGGACAUUUACGUCAACCCGAGGGACGACCUCGGGGACAGCCCCGGGUCAGACCUCAGCACGACCAACAUCACCCCCAGCUACAGCCCCUUCACCCACAGCCAGUCCCCCGGGUUCACCCUAAACCACUCCCCGGGCAGCACCAACCUCAGUCCCGCCAUCAGCGCCGUCAGUCAAGUCAACCAAUCAGACGCGCCGGAAGAAAACGAAAACGCGAACCAAUCGGAGAAGUUUUUAUCAACCAACGACGGCAAACUCCCGCGACGGAAGUCAUCCCGCGUGCAAGGACUGAAACUUCCGGAGAUCAAACGGAUGUCGGUGACGCAGAAGGCGGGUAUUUUGAAAAUACCGGGGCAGAAUAUCCGGAGAGUUAGCAAAGCUGGGUCUGAAGGUCGCGGGGAAGGUCAGCGUGGGUCCGCGAGGAAAACGUCAGACGUCAAAAAAGUUAAUAUUGUAAUGCAUCCAUCAUCACGCAAGUCGAAUCAGAUUCCCAGAGCGAGUGACGCAUCUGAUGCCUAUACCGUCAUCAAAACGAUGGAAAACUUUGUCUCUAGCAUGAAGAGCAAGACGAUCGCCCAGUCGCUCAAAACUUUAGAAAGUGAAAGUGCAGCGUCCACCCCCUCCCCUCUCUUGAAAGCAGCGUCGAUCGAGAAAGUUCUGGUGAACCCGAACCUGAAACAGACUCAGAAGAAGACGUGGGUCUGUGUCAAGAUGCUGCGGGAGUCGGAUGUUUUUGGACUAGAUGACCUUGACUUUGGCGAUGCAAAGGAACCUUCAGAUUGUGCAAUGGCCUUGGUGAGCGAGGGUGCUGAGAUGAUACUCAUCUCGAAGAAAUUUUUCAUGGAGAAUGCGACCCCCGUGAUGUUGUCCUACCUGAGGUCAUGUAGCUACAUCCCUACGGAUGAGAUGACCUUAAUCAAGGACCUUCAGAAGAGGGAGUACUGGGCAAAGUUCCAGGAAAAGACCGUGGAAGCGUUCUACAAGGAGAUGCAGAUCACAAGAACCAGCAACAAGCCAGCGGACAACUAGCUGCUAUGGGCUUUUUAUUCCUCAGGACUUUUGGGCACUAACCCACAGGACAUAGUCCUAGCUGGUGUUGCGUUGUGUGUAUUACCGUGUACACCCACAGGACAUAGUCCUAGCUGGUGUUGCGUUGUGUGUAUUACCGUGUACACCCACACUGCACACAUAUGUGCGGAUGUUACGUCAUAAGGGACCUCGCCUUAAUUAGCAUCAGUUGAU